GCAGUCCGGAUCGGAGAAUGGACGAGUAGAAGUGAGUAGAAAGAAACGCGUUGUCCCGUCUGGUCAUAUGUAACUUUGCCAUUUUUCGUACGACGUCAAAGCCAGAGUGUCAACGGGAGAAAGGGUGCAUAUUUAAUUGUAAUAAAUUCGUUGUUUUGCAAUUAUGUAAUGUUACAAUAUGUGUAAAGGGUGUGAUAGCGUGGAUAAAAAAACCGGUUGGAACAGCUGAGUGAUCCUGUGAGAAAUUGAAGUGGGCAAAGUGCGUGUUCGGGUUGCUGCGUCAGGAAAAAAAGUGAACGUAUUGUAUAGCUGGGUUGAUAAAAAAAGCGCGUGAUAGAAUUAAAAACGUGGAUAGAGGACACCUUUCAAAUUUACGAUAUACGCAUUUUUUAACGGUACAUCGAUUUCCCGAGAAAUAUGCCUACGGGAUCGCGAGGAGGCGUGCACGGCGUGAUGCCGCCGCACUACCUCCACGAGUUGCCGGCACAGGACGAGGAGAGACUUGCUAAGAUUUUUAAUAAACUCGACCUGGAUGGCAACGGAAGCAUUGAUGUGCAUGAUCUAUCCAAGGCGCUACAUGAAGUCGGCGUACAUAAAAGCUAUGCCGAGAAAUUCUUAGCUCGAUCAGAUAGGACUAAAAGUGGUGAUAUCAGCUUGGCAGAAUUCAUACAUUAUGUUCGAGAGCAUGAAAAAAAUCUACGGCUGCAGUUUACAGAUUUUGAUAAAAACAGAGAUGGUAAAAUUGAUCUGGAAGAGCUGAUACGGGCAUUCAAGGAUUUAGGAAUAGAAAUGGAUAGAGUAGAGGCAACUAAACUGCUUCAGAGAAUGGACCAAGAUGGAAGUCUCAACAUCAGCUUCAACGAGUGGCGAGAUUUUCUCCUGUACGCACCUAGCACCAACAUCCACGAAAUCAUCCUAUAUUGGCGUCAUUCCACGUAUAUGGACAUUGGAGAGGAUAUGGGCGUUCCCGACGAUUUCACAAACAGUGAGAUGGUCUCGGGAAUGUGGUGGCGGCAUCUAGUAUCAGGUGGGAUUGCAGGAGCAGUAUCUCGCACCUGUACAGCUCCCUUGGAUCGUAUUAAAGUCUACCUUCAGGUCCAUGGUACGCGACAUUGCAAUAUAUCUAGCUGCUUUAAGUACAUGCUUCGCGAAGGUGGUUCUAUAAGCCUUUGGCGAGGUAACGGAAUAAAUGUACUUAAGAUUGGACCGGAGACUGCUCUUAAAUUUAUGGCCUAUGAGCAAGUUAAAAGAGCCAUCAAGGGAACUGAUUCGCGGGAACUUAGUAUCUAUGAGAGAUUCGUCGCAGGAUCUAUAGCUGGUGGUAUCAGUCAGUCGGUCAUAUAUCCACUUGAGGUGUUAAAGACACGAUUGGCUCUUCGUAAAACUGGAGAGUAUUCGGGCGUCUUGGACGCGGCCAAAAAGAUAUAUAGUCAAGGUGGCAUAAAAAGCUUCUACAGAGGAUACGUUCCUAAUCUCAUUGGUAUACUUCCAUAUGCCGGAAUUGACUUGGCUGUUUACGAGACGCUAAAGAACAAUUAUCUACGUACUCAUGAGAAGAAUGAACAGCCAGCGUUCUGGGUUCUACUGCUGUGUGGUACAGCAUCUAGUACGGCAGGACAAGUAUGUUCGUAUCCAUUAGCUCUAGUCAGAACUCGGUUACAAGCUCAAGUAACUCCUAGCAAAGGCCCUACCUCAAUGGUUGGUGUAUUCAAAGACAUUAUACACAGAGAAGGUUUCCGGGGGUUAUACCGAGGCUUAACGCCUAACUUCCUAAAGGUCGCCCCGGCUGUAUCCAUAAGUUACGUUGUAUAUGAACACUUCAGGCAGGCACUGGGUGUCAACAUGACGUGAUGAAGAUAUUCAUUAGGGAAUAUUAAUUCUAUUAAAUUAUUGUGUUAUUAUAUGAUAAGAACUACGCUAAUUCUGCAAGCUAGCAUGAAGCGAGCCAAGCAGGCAGGCCUGCAUGCUGUGCCUCUCCUCUAUCUAUUUUGACAGUGCGUGUACAGCACAUUUAUUGUCGGAAAUCUUUGCUUCUGCAACUAUCUAUUGAUUUAACGUUACGCGUUUUCAAAAUAUACUACUAUUGAUAUAUCCGUUUCACUAUGCGCAUUGCAUAUUCGCGAAGGAGAGGCAAAGCAUUGUGUGUAGAGCAUUGGGAGAGUUUGGAUGCACCUCAGGUACACAGUGGACACUUCGAAGUCAGUAGACAGUAAUCGAAAGAUUUGUUCUUGCUUGGUUCAAGGAGGUAGAAAGCAAGUAUUAUCGAUUAGCCACUUUUACAUGUUUUAUAGCAAGGAGGAAAGAUGAAUCAUAACAUUUAGUUUGUUGUUUUAAUUGAACCGAACGAUUCCUAUCUAUGUGAUGGAUGUCUGGACUUUUUUUUCUUUUUUUUCCAUAGAAUUCUAGUUAUUCCAAUCUAUCCAUAUACGAUACAAUGCACUAGUAAUCUAUAAUCGAAAAAAGGUAUCCCACUGCGUGCCUGCAAGGGGAUUGACUGAUUAAAGGGGAUUAUCGAGUAGUAGGGGGUAAUUGAAACUUGAUCGUUAACGAUCGAAUUAUUCUUAAUCUGUGCUAAGUACGAGUAGAAGAAACAUUUAUGUAGUACUACUCGGCCGUCUUGUGUCUUGACUGAGGAAGAGAGACGGAGUGAAAAAAAAAAUGAUAAAAAACGCGAUAUAUUUUUAAUAUUUAAAUGAUUGUCAGUCUAGAGAUUGCAUAUGGUCAAGUGUACAGUUACUUUUCUUUGUUCUUCAAAUGCACGAAAGAAUACUCGAUCGGUGAAGUUUCAAAGAAUUCACAAAAAUAUCCAUUAAAAUAUUCUCUUAUGCUAUUUCGACCUUAUCAUAGUUCAAGAGUACGUCGACCGUCAUUUCAAAUGGGCUUAUCACCCCCUGUGAGUAAUAUUGCGCUUGCUACAACACCGUUCAUUCCCUAAUUAGCUAAGGUUGUAUGCAAGUUCUGUGUAUUACUGCGAUUCGAGGAAUUUUCGUAUCGUACCAUUCUGUUUAUCGCAAUAUGAAAGUUCAAUACAGGAGAUCAUACUGUGUUACCCUGCUACUCGCCAUUGGGGUUUUUUGCGUCAUGAGUAAUUUGGAAAAUUGCAUUGCCUUUCAAUUAGCUCGCUUAGAAUUCUUUGAACAGUAACGAUGGCAAUUAUGUUUUCGGAUUAUCGCAAGGUGAAUAAUGUAGAGCACACUGAAUAAAUAGUCAGGAAAGUUGGAACGUAAAUUCGCUGCUAUUUAAAACCUGUAUUAAACUUUCAUUAACGAAGAAUGUUUGUAAGGCAUGAACUUGAAUGCUUUUACACGUGUACAGAUAUAUUUUUAGUUGUAAUGGAACUGACGACACAUGACUUUAUUAAGGAACGUGUGUGAAUCGGCACUUUUCUUUUUUUAGUUCUUUUUUAUGGCUCCGUAUCCAUGUAUAUGAAUGUGACUUUUUUUUUUAAGAAUAAAUGUAAUUUAUUGACUACUAUAGAUUCGGUUUCUAGGAAGCCACAGGCACCAGUUCUCACUCGUAAUGAAUUAUCGUUGUAUAUUAAACUAUCUAUGCAUUACUACCAACGGUGACUCUUCUUGCAAGACAGAAUGUAUAUUUCAAAGUUGUUAAUUCUCUAUUUCAAUAUCGAAUUAUACAUACGUGCACACAGCCAACGAUUCAUACAGCAUAUGAAUGUUGCUACCUUUCUCUUACUCUUUAACUUUGUUUCUGAUUGCAUUAAGUCACCAAAGAUUACUCUUGUGUGAUCUAACAACCAAAUACAGCAUUAAAUACCGUAUUACACGUGACACGUUCUAUUGCAUUCUGUAUCCAAAUGGUAUCUGUGAUAUUUGGCAAUAAGAAUAAAGCAUUGAAUAGUUUUA